AUGUCUGGAGCUACUGACACCAUUUUCUUCCUUGGGGGAGCCGGGCCAUUCCUUUGGCCUCUGCUCUUCCUCUUCUGCUGGUUUGGUGGCUGCCCCAGCACCCUGGCAGCACAGCUUCAUCUCAUGCCACCACCACUGUCGGUCACUUGUGCCAAGCCUGAGAACCGUGUCUAUCAACAACAAGACCUCCCUUUCCAGGUCUCCUGUCUUUGGGACAGCCAUGUGGUGUUGCACUACUCAAAAGCCCACCAACAAAACUCCAAGGAGGAAGGGGCCGAAUCUCCAGUGCCUCCUCUCUGCCACUGGUAUCGGGAUGCCAUCCUGGUCAACCAGACGACUUCCUGGACAGGUGAGUUGAUGCUCAGUCCAGGCCUGCCAUGGAAAAGUCCCCAUCCACCUUGGGCUGGUUCUCGGAUCUCCAUGCAGUGCAUCUCAGUUUCAUGCUUGGCUCCCUUGUGCUUGUAUCACAAUUUGAGCAUUGAGGUUGUGGACCAAGAUAUCCAUCUCUUCCUGCUGCAGCCUCACACCCUUCCCAUUUUGGAGAGGCAGCCGGUGUGGGUGGGCUGGUGUGCCCGCCUCAAGAGUUCGGCUUGGCGCUACUACUUCGAGAGCCAAGGGGGUCUUCCUGAGGCCCGCCUCAUUCCCACCAACCAGCACAAUGAGCCCCUCCUACGUAGUGACUAUCCCACUGCCAAGUUGCACCAGGUCUGCAUGCCUUACUAUAGUUACCAUUUGACUGUGCAGUACCCACGCCGUGGAUCCUACAUUGCUUCGGUCAGCUAUAAGCCGGGUCCCCGGAGCAGCCUCAGCCUGGAUUUCUUGGUGGAGCCUGCUCUGCUCUUUGUUUUCAGGGUAACCUCCCAAUUGCAGAGACCGUCACAAGGGGCCCUGAGCUUUUCCUGGAACCUGCAGCAGCUCAGCCCAGAAAUAGUAGCCUACCAACUCCUGGAUACACAAAGAUCCCUAGAGUGGUCCCACUCCUAUGAUUACAAUCCGUUUGGCCUGCACAGUCAUUUCUGCGCUGUGCCCACAUCACACCAGACCAAGGAAACAGUCGUGGCCAGUGUAUACUUCCGUACCAGCCAGAGGGUAUCGACGAGAGCAAGGGGAAGCCUUGAUUUCUUAAACAGGACCCUGAUUUUCAGAACAAGCAGGACAAGCUCAAUUUCCAUAAGACUCAACCCACAGGAAAACACAAUCAGCACUUAUAUUUUUAGCCGAGCCCAAGGACUCUACUAUUCUACCCAAAAAGGGAACUUGAGCAUGGGCCUUGCUAAGAACUCCAGCCUCUGCUAUGUACUUUAUCAGCAAGCGGGCCUCUCCUACCUGAUUACAGUUAAAUUCGUGCAGCUACAGUUAUUUAGAUUCAGCCUGGAUAUUUAUCUGAAUCGGAAAGAGGCGCUGUUCCAGUCUCUAGGGGAAAAGGAGACGGACGUUUAUGUCUUCAACAGCACUUCUCCUGACAACAGCUUGGCCUAUGUUGUGUGGUUCAUCCCCGCACAGCAUCCCCUUCUGCAGUGUGAAUGGGCCUUCAAUCUGCAAGUUUUCAAUUCCGUGGACGGGCACCUGGUGGAAAACUCCACUUUUGCCUACAUUGAUCGGACCCCAAAUGCAGCUCAUUUCCUUCCCGAUUCUGCCCCAGCUUUCCAUCCUGAUUCGUAUGCGGGAUUUGUUGCCAGAGUGAAAUGCCUAAAGAGGGCGAACAUUCCCAUCGUGUUCACUGCGAGGUUUAAUAUUUACGCGCUGAAAGUCAUAGAAUCGCAAAUUGCAUGCCAGCAAAAAACUUGCACCAUUCCCAAAGUUAGGAUCCACCGGGGGGUUAAUACCAAACACAUCCUGCAUUACGCACAGGAGACUGGAUUUACACUUGCAGCAGACAUGCGGGUCAAUUGCCCAGGCCCCAAAUCAACUAAAGUUAGUUGGAACAUCUAUAAAGUCUCUAAUCUGUCAGAUAAACCAGACUGGUCCAAACCUUUUAAUCCAACUGGUAUUGAAGGAAGACAUUUCAUCCGGCUAAAAAUCCCUUGCUCCAGCUUGGAUACUGGCCUGUAUCUUUUUAAUUUUACUGUGCAAUUAAUUUCACCCACUUUCCCCCAGAUGAUAGAGCGCUCGGAUGCAGUGUUGAUAGAAGUUGGGUCAGAUCUCUGGGGUGCUGUCAUCAUGGGAGGCCACUUUAGGUCCGUUGGCUUUUCUGAUCGGUGGAUUCUAAAAGGAUCUGUCCUGUCCAAUGGUGAGAUGGUCAGUCUGUCUCAGGGACUGUCCUAUACUUGGUAUUGCACCAAACAGGAAAGAGACUAUACAUCGAUGGCCCUCAGCACAGUUGGGAAAUGUUAUCCAGAUCAGGUGGAUUUGAAGUGGACCACAUCCUCCAAUUCAAUUCAGAUGGUACUUCCGGAAACUCUUCAGGCCAAUAACACAUACCAUUUUCUCCUGUUAGUUCAAAACGGUAGCAGGAUAACUCAAGCUCAGCAAACCGUACAUGUGCGUGCUCACGGUGCCCUCGUUCUAAACAUUGCAUGCACUGAAAAUUGUGGAACGUCAGUAAUUCCAACAGAAAGAUUUUCUCUGUCUGGUAAAUGUGGGAACUGCAGGGAAAUCAAAUCCUGGUAUUAUUGGUCACUGCGCUCGGCCCAGUCCCAUGAAAUCAAAUUUGACUGGUCUUCCAGAACAACUACUGGUAGAUCCAGCUCAUAUCUACAUUUCAAAGCCUUUGCUUUGGUCUCCAUGGCAGAAGAGUUCUACAUUUUGAGCCUAAAAGUCGUCACCCAAAAUGGACAGUCUUCUAGCUGUGAAUAUUUUUUUUAUAUUAAUGCUCCGCCACAGAUAGGAAAAUGUGUCCUUCAUCCAAAAGAAGGAAUAGCUUUUCUAACAAAAUUCACUAUCCAGUGCCAUGGAUUUGAGGACAGAAAUCAGCCUCUCGCCUACAAAGUAAUAGCAGCAUCAGAUCAAAUGACAAUUAGUUCCAUAUCCUCAAUUCAAAAUAAUACUUUGGGGAUAAUCAUCUAUGUUGGACAUGAAUCCAAAACUCCAUGGUCUUUCCUUCCUCCUGGCAGACCCUCACAAACCUUUGCUUUGCCUAUAUAUGUUCAAGUUUUCGAUGCCCUUGGUGCAUCUUCUCAAGUCACUUUGCAAGCAACAGUGCUCGAUCAAAGACAACCACCAACCAAUGCUGUCCUCCAUCAACAACUAUAUGAUUUGAUGAAUGGAUCAAGUGCCCUUAUGACCAAGUUGCUCAUCACCAAGGAUUACCUGAGUAUAGGCUAUAUUGUAUACAUGAUGGCCGCGGUCUUAAACAAUAUUGAAGCUUCACCCUCCAAUCGUGUUCCUAAAGCAGAUUUGCGUCAACACCUCCUCAAUAUAAGCACAGGGAUUCCUAGCACUAGUAUCGGGGAAAUCAAUCAGGUGAUCCUAAGUAUUUGUCAAGCAACGCAUGAAAUUGCUGAAGUCGAUAAAAUAUCCCAGCUGCUUGCAGUAAGAAAAUUAAAAACAGUCAGUCAAGCUCUGAGGAGACACAGGAAUCAAGGCUUGGGCUCAAAGGAAACGGAGAUUCUUAGCAACGGGAUUUUCACAGGAUUGUCCAAUAUCUUGGAUGCUUCUCUCUUGAAUCACAGAAAUCCUAACGCGGAUGCCAUUAAAGAAGCUAUUUCUGUGACCGAAAUAUUAACAGAUCUCAUUUUACAAGGCAAAGUCCCUGGUGGGAAUGAAACUAAAAUGGUCACCCGAAACUGGUCCAUCCAUCUUUGGAAAAGCAAAACAUGGGACAUUUCUGGAACUUUCUCAAAGAGGAAGCGAUGUAGGAGCUGCUUUUAUCCAACACUAAAGCAGGGGUCUCAUGUGGAGUUAGAAGAAGAUAAUGUCGUUUCCACCAUUCUGUACGAAUUUGAACAGAAUCCUUUCCCUUGGCUGGCUUUUGCCGACAAUAUUGGCACAAUAGUAACAGGGUUCAAAAUGGCGGCAGCCGAUUCUAAAGGAGACCUAACUACCAUCGUUCCUGAUAUGUUUGAAAUAAUCUUGACUAGGACAGACAAGGCCAUCUUUGAGCUGACUAUAGGGCCAGAUAAAAAACUUCCUAAAACAACGGGUGGCUUCGGCUUGGAAAUUAAAAGAAACUCCAGUGAUAUUUUUAUCCAACUGGUGCCCCAAGUGAACAUUACUUUCCAGGUAUUUAUCUACUUAGGCCUCAAUCUGAGCCAUCCUCCCUUACUUUUAUAUAACGCUUCUCAUUUAAGUCCUCCAACAGUCCUCCAAGAGGAUACAAUUAUCACUGGAUGUGCUCUCAACAUUCCUUACAUCUUUUGCCUUCCAAAGUCAUUGCUUUGGUCUCCAGCUUAUAAUAGGGUAGCAGACACACUCAACCUUUCCAUUGUCUUGCAGUCACAACCAAUUGUGAGACACCAAACCGCAAAAUCUCUCCGCGUUGCUAUCUUUGCAGCAGGCUGUUUGUCUCUUGAAGGCGUUCAGGAUCAGUGGAAAGAAGAACCCUGCAGCCUUGGACCUCAAACCAGCUGGUCGAAAAUCCACUGUGUCUGCCAAGGGAAAAAAAACAGCACGAAGUCAACUAGAUCAGAUUCAAGAGGGGCUUCAGGACCCGGAGUCCGAUUUUUGGCUGGCAAGUUACUUCUAUUUCCCAAUCAAGUUGACAUGAAAAUGUUGCUUUUACAACCGAUGGGAAGAAAUCCUGUCCCGGGGUUUAUGGUGCUUGCUGUUUUCCUACUCUACAUUUUCUUGGCUGUCUGGGUGAGAAGAAAAGACAAAAUUGAUAUUGAAGAGCAGAUUAUAUAUUUGCCAGAUAACGACCCGUUUCACACCACGAGAUACCUGGUGACCAUCUAUACCGGGAGCCGCCCAAGUGCAGGGACCAAAGCGGAUGUGUUCAUAGAGCUGAUUGGCCAGAAUGGAAAAAGUGAUGUGCAUCUCUUAAAGCACCCAUCGUUUCCAGAGAUCCUUCAGAACAGCUGCAUUGAUACUUUCAUGCUAACUACUGGGGAAGAUUUGGGAGAUCUCGUCUCUAUCCACAUCUGGCACAAUUAUUGUGGCUUUGGUCCAAACUGGUACUUGAGCCGAAUCAAAAUCCUCAGCGUAGACACAAACAGGUCGUGGCUGUUUCUGUGUAGAAAAUGGUUGGCCCUCGGCAGGAAUAACUACCAAAUAGAAUGGACUUUCGAGGUCACAGAUCCACAAGUCCCCAUCAGCAGAACUGAUUAUCUGUUGAUAAUGUUUAGCUAUCACUGGUUCCAAGACCACCUUUGGUUCUCUAUCUUUGUUCGCAGCCUUGACAGCUCCUGGAACAGAUUUCAGAGGCUCUCCUGCUGCUUAGCGAUACUUUUGACCUCCCUGCUGGUCAACACGAUAAUCUUCAACACUAAGAAAGAAGAACAGGUUUAUCUCCUAGAACUGCAGUAUUUGAGGUCCAUAAUAGCCGGUGUUCUUGGUGCUCUCAUCUCCCUUCCUGUGGGAUGGAUUGCAAUAAGCUUGUUUAAGUACUCCGUGAAGGGGUCUUCCCAGUGUAACCUCGCUCAGGGUCAGGAAAAGGAAAGCUUCCCUUGGUUGCUCGAAAGCCUUUUUAAAGCAGAUACUCAACUUUCAGAGAUAAAAUCACAGCAGUUUUCAGCCACGGAUACCAAUGUUAGUAAUAAUUAUGCAGCAGAAAAGAAAGCAACUUUGGGUAAAACUCAGAAAUCGCAAUGGGGUAGAUGUUUGUCUUGCAGUGCAUGGUUCUUUGUCUUCCUUAUAUCUGGGCUAGCCUCAUUUUUCAUCACAUUCAUUGGCCAGUCUUUUGACCACAAAACAUCCUCCGAAUGGCUAAUAGCUGCUCUGAUAUCGUUCUGUCUCCAUGUGAGCUUCUUUGAGACCUUGCAAAUUGUUGUUUACUCCAGCUGGAAUAUCUGUUUGGCAAAAUACUGCGCAAACAUCCCAUGGCAAGGCUUUCAUGCUAUGACGUACACACCAAGAACGUUGGACGCUGACGAGAUGGAGAAGUUGCACAAUGACCUGGUGGAACUGAGAGCUUCCAAGAAAUACCAACCCAUCAAAGAGGAAGAUGUUAUAGCCAUGCAAAAGAAGAAGCUGAUUCAAUAUCUAGCUUACAAAUAUGUGAAGGACAUGAUCUGCCAUUUUAUCUUCUUGGGUUUAAUUUUCGCCAUCUCACACCCAAUAGAUGUUACGGCUGCCUUCUUUUACAAUCGCGCCAUGUCUAGAGAAUUUUCUCCUGAUUUACCCGAUUUGAAUGGAGCCCAGGAUGUUUACAGAUGGGUAAACAAAAGCUUUCUGCCACUGAUACACAAUCCUUAUCACCCAAGCUAUCUUCCGAUCUCCGGGUCCAAAAUCCUGGGAUUGCCCAGAAUGAGGCAAAUAAGAAAGAAAUAUGCAGACAGAUGUCUACUCCCCUACGAAUUAAAAAACAUGUUUUUGCUGGCUAAUAUUCAGUGCAAGAACAAAUAUGGAUUCAGCCAGGAAGAUCAAAGUAACUAUGUGGGCUCGUGGUCAACUCCAACGGACACCUCUGUUCCCAAGAACCAUGCUGAGUUUUUAGGCUUCAGUUAUGAGCCAAGCAGUGCCCAAUGGGAGUAUAUCUCCUAUGGACAAUUAAAUGACUAUCCUUCCAGGGGAUAUACGUUUUAUUUUUUCCCCGAAGAACCACAAGUGAAUUCAACGCAAAGGUUGGACGCUUUGGAAACGAACAGCUGGAUUGACAACAAGACGUGGGCAGUGAUUUUCGAACUCACAACUUUUAACGUUGAUGCCAAUAUGUUCUGCAGCAUUUCCGUCAUUUUUGAACUUUCUUUCCUCGGCCCUGUGAAUGCCAGCAUCGUUGUACAUUCUUACAAACUCCCGUUUUUCACCCAUCAAAACAUGAGUGAGAUUUUCUUCUUUUGCCUGACGAUAUACAUACUUAUUAUUUAUAUUGCUGACGAAUGCCACAUGAUGUACCAAGAACAGCUGAGCUAUUUUACCCUGGCUACCAACCUGAUCAACUUUGGGAUAAAGACCAACUGUAUUCUCUUUCUGGUGGUGCUUUUGUGCAAAUUCAAGCUUUCUUCUGAUUUGGUGCAAUUUUACUUACUGCAUUCCCAAGAGUUUGUUCCAUUCCAUACGGCUUCCCAAUUCGACCAGACUGUCAGAGGUGUGCUGGGGAUUCUGGUUUUUUUCCUGGUUCUGAAAACGUAUCGCUAUGUCAGAUUUCUGUUCGAUUUACGCUUAGCCCAAAAAACCCUCAGAACAGCCCUCGCUGGUAUCAUCAAUAUAAUUGUAAUGGGUAUCAUAUUUUUCAAUGCAUACAUGGCACUCGGAUACGUGGGAUUUGGCCAACAUGAAUGGCAUUUCCGCAGCCUAAUGUAUUCCUUCACGACCGUGUUGUCUUAUUGUGCCUUAACAUUUAAGGACACUGAAUUUUUGUCUGACAAAUUUCUAGGGGGUCUUUUUUUAGCAUCCUUUCUGUUGAUGAUGAUCUGCGUUUUUGUCAAUUUAAGUCAAAUCCUCAUCAUGUCAGCUCACUCAGACAUGAAGGAAGUUGUUUUCAAUGAGCCUUCCAAUGAAGCUGAUGUAAUGUAUUUUAUACUCCAGAAGGUGUACAGAAUGUGGUAUUUUGCCAGUACUGGUACCUACACAAAAUCAGAGACUGAUAUUUUUAAUACUAUACUGUAUGGGAAAUUUAAGAAACGUAGAAAACAGCCCUUGAGAAAACGCUUGGGAAAGAAAGAAAGGCUUUAUGUUGUUGUUUGA